UCUGGGGUCGGGGCUUUGGAAUCAGUGGUGUGAGGAGCAGAGCGGGUUAGUGGGAGAACUGAGCGAGGAACAGCUGCGGGAGGACUCCGCGGACUCUUGAGAACCAGCUUGGGUGAGCGGCGGCUUGGGGAGGUGUAGGGUGGAAUCAAGAGAAAGCUGUGUGGGAGGGCCUGGUGCACAGCUCAGCUGCAGGGUAGAGCUGAGGGAAAGCUGGGCGUUCCUGGAGGAGGAGCAGGGCGGGGCUGUGGCAAAGCUCUGUGGGAGCAGAUGGGGCGGGGCUGCGGGAAAGCUGGAGAAGGAGGAGCCAAGCUGCACCAAGGCUGGCGGGUGCGAAUGGCGGGGGAGGAGCUAGUGCAGAGCUGGAGAAAAGAGCUGAAAGGUUGUUGGAGUGGGUAGAGGGGUAGGAGAAGCGGGACGGGGCUAGAGGAGGCGGAGCUGGGAGCGGUGAUAAAAGGGUAGCAGGGCGGGGCAGUGGGAAAGAGCUGUGGGAGGAGGAGCUGGGGGUAAGAAGUUGGCUGCAGCGGGGACUGGGUCAGAGCUUCUGGAGGAGCCGCCUGCAAGAGGAGGGCGUAGUUGUGGGAGAGAGCUGGGGGCGGAACAGCUGGGGCGGAGCUGCUGGAGGAGGAGCUGGGGGCGGAACUGUGGGAGGAACAGCUGGGGUGGAGCUGUGGGCGGAGCAGUUUGGGCGAAGCUGCAAGAAGAGAAGUUGGGGACGGACUUGCAGGAGGAAAAGCUAGGGGUGGAGAUGCUGGUGGAGCUGAGCCGAACUGGGGGUGGAGCUGAGGCCCUUCUGUGAUGCACCCUUAGGCAAGACUCCAAACUUGCCCGCAGGGACCUCACUGCACCUCCAGUGGCUACCCCCAGAGGGCACGGAAGCAGCAAGAAGGGCGGGAACACUUGCUUGGGGUCCAUGCAGCGCUAGGCUGAGUCUUGCAGGGCUGAGCCCCCCAGGCCUGCUCUCCUGUGUCCUAGCCACUCUGUCAGUGCCUGCCAGUGGGGUCCAGAGGGACCGUCUUUUUAACCCUUCUUUUGCAGGUGAUGAGAAACAUCCCCAGUCUUAAUGUCUUGCCUCCUCCGACCUAAGUCGCCCAGCACACAGCCCAACUUCCCUGGCAAACUUGCUUUUCAAACUCUAUCUCAGUCACGGGCUCAGGUUCUGUAGUGCUGCCAUGCUUUACUCCUCUGUCCUUCCCCUUAUCUAGUCUCCCGCAAUGACUUCAUAACCAAGUUCUGGGUCCCUGCCUCUGGAGUGCCUGAUGAGACAAAACGGCUCCUCGUCCUGCAUCCCCGCUGCUACUUCAGAAUUCAGGCCUCGUGGUCUGGAGCCUGCACUGUUCCAUGAGCCUCCUGACCAACCUGGAGGCCUCUGUCUUUCUUCCCUCAGUGAGAUGUGCCUACUUCUCCCUGGAGAAGCUCGAGGAAGCAGGAAUGCUGGAGAUGAGACCCAGCACACCCUUCCUGCACGGCGCUGUGCUGCACCUUCACUCUGGUCACGGGUCUGGCAGUCGGCUCACCAAUUCCUCCUACUUUCCUGGGACUCGCCGGCUUUUAGCACUGCAAUUCACUCAGCAAACUGGGACUGUUGGUCACCCUACCUGGCAGCCAGUGAUAAGGUGAGGGCCACUCCUGGGAGGGAGGACACCUGUGGGGAAAAUUCUUGUGUUAUUUAUUUCUCCUUCGGGAUAGGGUGCCUGCAGUGCUUCAUGGGAGGGGGUGGGCUGAUGCUGCGGGCUCAGAAGUUUCAAGGGCAUCUGGGGAGACCAGAUAUUCAGACACCUUCUCCUAGAUGUGCCUGUUCCAUGUAUCAGGGACGCAGGUUUUUCCAACAGGGCUUGUGUCAUUGGCAUGACAGACCUGCCUUGGCUGAGCGUUCACCUGUCUUUGGAGUUCAGCCACCUUAGCAAGUCCUGGGUUUGUUCUUCAGACUUUGCUGCUCGCCCAUUGCCUGGAUCGGGGGCUACUUUGUAAACCACCAGGAAGACUCCAGUGUUUCUGCUUAAUUUUUAGAUGUUUGUUCAUUGCUCUUGGCCUCUCAUUAAUCCCCUGUGGGUCAUCCAGGAAACAUACUCACCACUGUCUGUUCUCUGAGUUUUCAUUUCCAGGCAUCCGCCCUGCCUGGAUCUCCUCACCUGCCAGGAACUUCCUCUCCACAAGCCGGCCAUCCCACCAAAGGUCUGGCAACUAGCCUGCCAUCUUGUGCCUGGAGCCGCCUGCGUGCCACCUACCCCCGAAGAUGGGAACCUUGUUGCCAGUUGGGCAGAUGCAGGGCAAUCCUGUACCAAGCCCCCAUUUUACCACUUGCUUUCUCAGACCACUCUGGAACCCACUGUCUCAGAUUAUGUCCUCCAGGAAGCAGACCGUGAGAGGGAGUUGGCAGGGCCAAAGGUUUACUGGGGCUAACUAACACUCAGGAAAGGGAUAGGAAGGAAACAGGGCUGGAGAGCAGGUUGAGCCCGACCUGACAGUCUCGAGCAGCCCAAUAGGGAGGUGUGGAGCAAGGGUUGCCCACUAGAGGGGCCUGCAUUGGGCACGGGUGGUGGGGUCCACAUGGUACCUGGCACAUAGGCUGUGCAAUCCGUGUUAACUGACUGGAUGAAUUAAUGCCCGGAAAAGGCGCCCUGGAGAAUGGGUGCGUGCUGAGCACAAUAGGGAAGGGCCCAGCAUCUGCCUUGGCAUAGGCAGAAGUGUGCUGUGCCCUGCAACAGGCCACCCGAGAGCUGCUUUGAUCUUGUGUGUGCAUUAGACAACUGCCAGGGGCAUGAAGGGGAUGUGCUUCCAGGGCAUUUGCUGGCAGGGCGUCUCGUGAUCUCUCGGUAUUGGUGUGAGCACAGCCUGGCAGGAGAGGGCAGAUCUCAGUGCAAAGUAUGUCAAAAAGCAGAUGGAAGCCAGGCCCCCUCCUGAAAGAGGCUGCUUGAAGGUAGGUGCACACUCAUGUCUUUGUUACUUGUAAGGGGGCAUCUUACAAGCAAGAGGAGUUAGGUGAAUGUGAAGAGGAAGGAACUGCUCACUCUGGGCAGGGGGCUGGGGGAGGCUUCGUAGAGGAGGGGCUGUUUGAGCUGGGCCUUGAAGGUCGAAAGGGUUUUGUUAGAUGGGAAACGGGGGAAGGACAGCCUGAAAGGGUUAGGUACAUUCAGGGAGCCCAGAGAAGGUUCGUGGCUGGAGCAGACGCGUUCGUAGAGUGAAGUCAUGGGAGAAGAGGCUGGGAAACUAGAUUGGGUCCAACUCAUAAAGGAACACUGAAGGAGUGUGGGCUGCACGCUGGGUGCAGCAGGUGAGUUUCCUCCCUUGGGUUUCACUGUCAGCAUUUUUAAAAGGCAAACUGGUUCUCUUCCUGAGAAGAAUUCAUUGAUUCACUCGUGGCCAGUAAGUCAUCUGGGCCAGAGGUUGGUGGGGAGAUGAUAGGGGUGCAAGUGUCAUCUUCAAUCACAGCAUAACUGCCCUUGCUGUCUUACCUCUCAUUUAGAUAUUUCAAUGCUUGCUCAGGUCCCCUGCGUCCUCCUCCCUUCUCCCUUCCCAGCCAUACUACUUAUGGGGUGACUUUCUCUUUGUAAAAUGACCGUUAGUCUUAUCAAAUUAAUCCCAAAGUAAUACCAUCAAUUUCCCCCUAAAAUACCAACAAGACCCCUGCUUGAAACUGCUUGUACAUUAGGGACAGAGAAGAGUCCAUGAGAAUCAACAUUUUCUGAGGACUCCAACUGUGUGCAGAGAGAGAGUUCCCCUGCUGGUGCCUCCUCUGUAGUAAAGCAAAGGUAACAUUCCUGCAAGGCUUUGAAGCUUACAGCGUGCUUGCCCUUAGAUUCUUGUGUUGUGUUCUGGGUCAGCAGGAAUGCCUCUCCAGGUCCUUUUUCUCAUUCUAAUGUGACACUGAAUUCUUCGCAGGCUCCUGGGACCACGUUAUCAUUCUCUUUGCUUGAGAGAUGAGGACACUGAAAUUCAGAGAGGGGAAGUGAUUUGCCUCAGCUUGUACUAAAGAAACAUUUCAACAGAGAACCCAGUGGAAAGUAUGACAUUAUCUUCUCAGAGUCCUGAACUCCCAUCCCUACCUCAGAAGAGACUCCUCUGUUCACAGAAGCUAAAGGCAGUUCCUUCCCAAUGGCAACUAUGUUUGGAUGUUGGAUCUACGCUUUCUCAAGUACUGUGAUCUUCAAAUCAAAGGAGAUUUCUCCCAUUAUAUACUUCUUAUGAUCAACAAAUUCCAUCAUCUCCCCACUAAGAGAAAGUACUCCAAGAUGAUAGAAUGAUUUUAAAGUUAUGGGACUACAACAGCAUCCACAGGAACCUUGAUUAUCUUUGGGCUGGGCAUGGUGGCUCAUGCCUGUAAUCCCAGCACUUUGGGAUGCCGAGGCGGGCGGACCACCUGAGGUCUGAAGUUUGAGACCAGCCUGACCAACAUGGAGAAACCCCGUCUCUUCUAAAAGUACAAAAUUAGCUGGGUGUGGUGGCGGCAACCUGUAAUCUCAGCUACUUGGGAGGCUGAGGCAGGAGAAUCGCUUGAACCUGGUAGAUGGAAGUUGCAGUGAACAGAGAUUGUGCUAUCGCAUUCCAGGCUGGGCAACAAGAGCAAAACUCCGUCUCAAAAAAAAAAAAAAAAAAAAAGGUGUUCUUUUAGAUCAGCUAAGAAUUAGAAAAAUAAAUAAAAGAUUUUAUCUUACCUUCAUAUAUUCCUUCUCCAACAGUCUACACUCAUCCUUUCUUUCUGUAGAACUGAGUUUCUGAUCACUAUAACCUUUUCCCCCUAAAGAACUCCUUUUAACAUUUCUUGCAGGACCAGUUGGUUUUCAUUUCUGUCAAUUUUUGUUUUGUUUUUCUGAGAAAACUGUUUCACUUUCAUUUCUGAAGGAUACUUUCACUGGAUAUAGAAUUGUGGGUUGGUGGUUUUUUUUUCUUUCAACACUAAAUAUUUCACUCUACUGCCUUUUUUGCAUGUUUCCUUGAGAAGCCUGAUGUAAUUCUUAUCCUUAUUCCUUUAUAAGUUGUUUUCUCUCUCUCUCUUGUCUUUCAAGGUUUUUCUCCUUUGGUUUUCUGCAGUUUUGCUAGAGGGGACUGGAAUAGGUAGGAGCAAUGCCCUUCCCCAGCUCAGAUAAAGCCCUAGAAAAAUCUUUUCCCCUGUAAAGUUGUCCUAUGUUAAGGGGAAGGCAUAUUUCACAAUGAUUAUUUUUUAGUCUUGCUGACAGACCCACAAGAUAAUUUUACUCAGAUCUUUACUGUAAGAACUUGUUGGAUUUUUUUGAAGGUAAAGACAACAAAAUGUUGGGAAAACCCUAUGCCUGCAGUCCUCAAUUUGUCAUUCUCAUAGUAGUCUACACUCAGCCUCCAGCAAUUUGUUAAAAUUACCAGUUUUGGUACUCCUAGUUUGUGACUCCAGUGACUCUGGUCCAAGCAAGCAAAUUGCAGCUAUGUCUCUCUGGAUGUUCCUGACUCUCUAGAUUUCAGGGUGGUGGUUUGCCCUACAACCUCAUUUGUCUGAAGGAUUCAUGAAAAGUUAUUGAUUUUAAGUUUGUCCAGCUUCUUCUUGUAAGGAUGGGAGUGAUGAUUUCCACGAUCUUGUCAGAACUUAAAUCAGAAUAAUAUUCCAAAAUUUACAUGAAAAGACACAGGUCCUAGAAUAACUAGAACAAUUUUGAAAAAGUAAUAAAGUUGGAGGAAUCGGUCUACCUAACAUUAAGGCUAACUAUAUAGCUAUGGUAACCAAGACCAUGCAGUAUUGCCAGAUGGGUUAGAUAUAUAGGUCAAUGGAACAGAAUAGAGAACCCAGAAAUAGACCCACAUAAAUAUUCCCAACUGAAUUUUAACAAAGAUGCAAAGGUGAUUCAAUGAAGGAAGGAUAGACUUUUCAACAAAUGGUGCUGUGUUGGAACAACUGGAUAUUCAUAGGCAAAACAAACAAAAGUUCAAUUUAAGCCUUAUACCUUAUGUAGGCAUUUACUCAAAAUGGAUCAUGUAAGUUUGUAAAACAUAAAACUAAACAUAUUUUAGAAAACUGGAGAAAAUCUUCCAGAUCUAAGGCUAGGCAACAGAUUCUUAGACUUGACAUCAAAAGCAUGAUCCAUAAAAGGAAAAAGUAAUUGAUAAAUUGGAACUCAUCAAAGUUAAAAACUUUCUGUGGAAGUUUUUAUGGAAGAUCCUUUUAAAUAUGAAAAUACAAGCUAUAAACUGGAAGAAAGUAUUUGUAAAUCAUAUCCAACAAAGAAUAUAUAAAUAAGUCUCAAAACUCAAUAGAAUAAAAAAAAUAAGCAACAGACAGCAACACACAUUUCACUGAAGAAGAUAUACAGAUGACAAAUAGGCACAUGAAAAGUUGUUCAAUCAGCAUCACCAUUAAAGAAAUAUGUUAUCCUAUUAGAAAAGCAACAAACAGCAACAGACAUUUCACUGAAGAAGAUAUACAGAUGACAAACAGGCACAUGAAAAUUGUUCAAUCAGCAUCACCAUUAAAGGAAUAUAAGUUAAUACUAUAAUGUGAUAUUACUAUAUCUCCAUGCAUGGAUCUUUCCACAUUGCUUAUGGGUGAUAGUAUGACCAUUCUGGAAAAUGGCUUAGUAGUUUCUUACAAAACUAAUAAUACACCUACUAUACUAUUCAGCAAUCAUAUUACUGGGUGUGUAUCUCAGAGAAAUGAAAACAUACAUCCAUACAAAAACCUGUACAUGAAUGUUCAUAGCAGAGCUGUUUUCAAUGAUCGAAAAACAGAAACAACCCAGGUGUUUGGUUAAUAGGUGAAUGGUUAAAAAAAUUAUGGUACAUCCAUACCAUGGAAUACUACUCAGUGAUUAAAAAAAAAAAAAGAAUGAACUACUGAUAUAUACAACUUGGAUGGAUCUCAUUGGCAUUAUGCUGAAUGAAAAAAGGCAGUCUCAAAAGGUCACUGUUAGGUUCCAGGUAGGUGGGACGUGGCUUUAUUCAGCAGUUUCUUCACACUGUCGGUGCUGCAUUUAUGCACCUCACAGACAAUAAUGGCUCAGAGCCAGGUGAUGAGCCCUCCCACGUUAUGGCUACAUAGCUGUGAUUAUAUAAUGCAUGGGAUUGUGCGCCUGUGCUCCAAUCCCACUGUGUCAUACUGUGCAGGAUGUGUACCUCAGCCUAUACUUGACUGUAGUGCAGCCAUUGUCCUUACAGUCACAUACUGUAAGGACAGUAUGUGAUUCCAUUUGUAUAAUAUUCUCAAAAAUGAUAAAAAGAUGGAGAACUGAUUGGUGCUGCACAAAGGUUAGGAGUGUUGGUGAGGGGAGUUGUGACUAUAAAGAGGUGGCAUAAGGAAGAUAUUUGUGGUGAUGGAAUAGUUCCAUUUCUGGAUUGCAGUGGUGGUUACAAGAAUACAGACGUGAUUAAAUGGCAUAGAAUUUCACAUAUGCUUUGCACCAAUGCCAAUUUCCUGAUGUUGGUAUAGUACUAUAGUUACAUAAGAUGUAUCCAUUGGAAAAAAUUGAGUGAGGGUUUCACAGGACCUCUCUGUAUUACAUUUACAACUUCAUCUGAUUCUACAAUUAUAUCGAUAAAAUACUUCUUAAAGUAGCUUACAGUGGAGAAACCUGGCAGAAAUCUCCUUAACUAAGGAAUCAAGACUUAACAUCACUGGUAAGUUUAUGUUCAUAUCUUGAACCCCUUAUACUGUGUGAUAAGAAAUCCACUUCACCUCUGUGCUAUCCUUCCCCAAAGUAUAUAAUCCCAGUCUAAUUAUGAGAAAACAUUACACAAACCCAAAUUGGGGGAUAUUCUACAAAGUACUUGACCAUUUAUCUUUAAAAUUAUUGAGAUCAUGAAAAACAAGGAAACAUUAAUAAAUUUCCAUAGAUUGGAAGCAAAUAAGAAGAUAUGAUGACUAAAUGUGACAUAAUAUUCUGGAUUGCAUCCUGGAACAUGAAAAGGACAUUAAUGGGAAAACUGGUGAGCUACAUUACACAAAAUAACUGAUCAGUGCUCUUCAAGGUGUCAAGAUUACGAAAGACAUAAAAGAAUGGAUGAACUGCCAUAGAUUGGAGGAGACAAUGCAAUGUGAAAUCCUGAAUUUGACCCUGAACAGAAAAUGCAAUGUAGUGGAGAAACUGGUAAAAUGCAAAUAAAAUCUAGUUUAGUUAA